AUGACCCCGGGACUGAUCACACUAGAUAUGAAUGCCCUCGAGUGGACCAAUGCAUCUACUGCCGAUAUGGACACUUUCGAGACCAUUGGCGAUGGCUACGUGAGUCUUAUCGAAUCUGCGGGUGACCAGGGCCUCCUCGUCGCUUUUGGGGGAUAUACGUAUCCCGUCGGCAAGAAGCUUUCUGUUUUGGCUGCGAGGCAGAAUGAUACUACUCAUCAGAAUUCAGUGGAAUUCGCUCGAGUCUACGACAUCGCGAACAAGAAAUGGUACACGCAGCUAACAACAGGCGAUAUUUCCCGCUGGCGAAUGGCCGGCUGCAGCGUUGUAGCUGCGUCCGACGAUCUGUCGUCCCAUUCAAUCUAUGUUUUCGGGGCAUGGCACAAAAUACAGGGGAUUCCGACGGCGACGUCUACGUCCUCUCCCUGCCCUCUUUCCAGCGGAUUCGUCCACCGGGACAACACUAUCCGAUACCAGCACAAAUGCCAGCUAGUCCAAAAACAUACCAUGCUAGUUAUUGGAGGCAUUAUCCCAAUUGAUGGGAUGGAGUAUUAUCCCCAGUGGCGAAACUACGACACCGCGACCUUCGCUAACGGAAUCGGGAUAUUCGAUCUGCAGACUCUCUCGUGGAGGACCAACUAUAACGCCAGUGACGUUGAAGGACAUGCGAUUCCAUCCAAGAUUUCGGACGUGAUUGGCGGGGGUAGUCCAACCGGCGCCGCAACCCUUACCGAACCAAAAAACGGCUUCAACAGCACACAGCUCGCCAGCCUAUUCAAAAAGCGCGGCGUACGACCACCUACCUCUACCGCAGUCUCACCCAGCACUUCCGCAACAUCCACAUCAACAUCAACGCAACUCCCCGCAGCAGCAGCAGCAUCAUCCUCAUUAUCAUCCGGCGCCAUAGCCGGAGUAACCGUUGGCUCUGUCGCCGGUGCAGCCGCCAUCGGCGCACUAGCCUUCUAUCUGCUUGUCCUCCAACGACGCCGUAAAACCAGGCUCGCGAAGCAGAGCAUGCCCUCGUGGGUGGAUCUGCCCGCGGGUAAAUCCCAUAAGCGUCCCCAGAUUUACCCGACUGAGCUGCCGGGUGGGCACUAUCCUCCGGCGUUUGAGUUAAUGGGUGAUGGGGUGGUUCGGAGGGCUGAGAUGCCGGCCGAGGGAAAUCGUUAG